AUGAGAUUCACUUCUGGAAGAAACACUGCUUCUGGAAAUGGUGACGAGAGCCAACAAAAGAAUGAAUCGGCCAUUAAGGCUUUGGAAACCCAAAUAGGACAAUUGGCGACCGAUGUGAACCUAUUGAAAGCUCAAGAAUCCACAAAUCUUCCUUCACAACCAUUUGUAAAUCCAAGAGAGAGUAAUGCAAUUUCCUUGAGGAGUGGAAAACAAGUGGAGAAACCAAAUCAACAAGAUAAGGUGCAUGAAAAGUUAGUCGAAGAGAAAGAAGAAACCACACCAAAGGAUAAUUCCAAGGAACCGGUUCCUACUUUCACCACUCCACCCCCGUUUCGUAGCCUAUUUUCUAAGUCGAAGAAAGAGUUGGAAUACAAGGAUAUUUGGGAUAUCCUUAAAAAAGUACAAGUCAAUAUUCCACUCAUUGAACCUAUUCGACAAAUUCCUCGUUGUGCAAAGUUCUUAAAGGAUUUGUGCAUGAAUAAGAAAAGAUUAAAAGGGAAUGAAGUCAUGAGUGUGGGGGAGAAUGCUUCGCCGUUCAUUCUCAAGAAACUCCCACCUAAAUUAAAGGACCCCGGUAGUUUCACCAUACCUUGCACAAUCGGUAAAACAAGGUUUACUCGAGCUUUGCUAGAUUUGGGAGCAUCGAUUAAUAUUAUGCCUUCCUCGAUUUAUGAUUCUUUAAAUCUCGGUCCUCUUAAGGAGACCGGAGUAGUUCUUGAACUUGCUAACCGAUCUAAUGUUUACCCGAAAGGGAAUGUUUCGGUGCAGGUUAAUGAGCUUGUAUUCCCGACCGAUUUCUAUGUCUUAUACAUGAAUGAUGAUAACUCUCCAAAGUCUACACCUUUGUUAUUGGGUAGACCAUUCUUAAGCACCGUUGGAACGAAGAUUGAUGUCCAAAAUGGGACAUUGACUAUGGAGUUUGAUGGUUCGGUCAUCCACUUCAAUAUCUUUGAGACAAUGAGAUACCCAAGUGAUGUGAAGUCAUGUUUUCCCAUUAAAGAGAUUGAUGCGGGCUAA